CAACUACGCGUCAGUUGGACGCGGUUUGCGACGGGAGGAGUGCCGCGAGGUUACAUCCCGGGGCCGAUGCCGCGUCGCCGCGACGCCGACGACGCACGGUCCUUCGAGCCGGAUUGGAUCCUCGAGCGCACGGCGAGCGGCCGCCUGUACUGGCGUCGGGACGACGGCGCGUCGCCGCCGACGCGCAGCGUCAAGUUUAGGCACGAGGUAGAGGUGAAAGAGUUCCGCAGGGACGCUCACGAGUUCCGCGAGCCCGAUUGGGCACGCCCCCGCCUCACCAUGCUCAACCUGGGCGUCACCUGCGCGAUCUGCCUCACCGUCACCGUCAUUUUGCCGUGGUAUCUGCUCGGGGGCAUCGCACACUGGAUUGAACCGAACUAAUUAUUUAUUUCGGAUUGAUGUGAAUAUAAAAAGUUCAGCGAACGAUUUUUUACUAAAAAUGUUAUAUACGGGGUGUUCCCGACAUGCGAAACAACUUCAAAUGAAUAAACGUUUGUGUUUUACUAA